UCCACUCUUUGUGUCACAAAAGCUGGCAGCCCUGCUGCAACCAAGGCUACGUACCUGUAGACACAGACAUGUCCACACUUCCUCCAGAGUAAAAUAUCCCUCCGAGCAAGCAGAAAGCAGAUAACACUAAACUGGAAGAUCUGUCAACGCCUGUGAGGGCAGACAAGUUCUGCAGAGAGACCUCAAUAAAUCAGAGAUGUGCAAUCACCAGCCAUAUGAAGUUUAACAAGGAUUUCAGAAUUACCUGUGUCCCCAGGGACCAAGAUGGAACAGAACGAUGCUGCAAGCUUCACUUCUCCAACAGGCGAGAAAGAAUUGGAUAAGCAGGCAGAGGAGAUUUCUGUAUUCCUUGAAAAUCUUCUCAAGCAGCAACGUGUUCUGUGUUCAGAGGACAUAAAAAAUUUGCAGGUGUGCUUGCAGGAGCCAUUCAGAAGAUUGAAAGAAAAGAAUGAGAAACUUAUAAAGGAAAAAAACAGACUAUCAGAAGCAAGAGAAUUAGUCCUACAACAGGAAAAAAUCUUAAAGGACAUUAAGAUAAAACUAGACAACUUGCACAAGCACUUCAAGCGCUCUGAACUACUUGGGUCAAAAAAGUCAAAGGAGUUGCAGAUUCCAAUAGAAACCUUGGGAGCAGAAAGCAGGCAAAGGGAGGAGAAGAUGAAAAAGAAUACACAAGAUAAAAGACAAGAAAGAGAGGUCUACAACUCCCCCAGCUCUCCCACCCAGAAGAUAGCUGUGGUGAAACAGACCCAGAAAUCCAGCUACCUAAAAAACUUCUGCUUCUUUCUUGGGAACUCCGUGUGGCUGCUUGUCAGGUACCUACUGUCCUGUGUCUGCUUGUGCUUAACACUUCUCUUGGUUUAUAAUCACCUUCCUGAUCCUACCUGGGCAUACCAGCUGGACAUACUAGACAGUAUCUGCCAUCAGCCAUGGACACACUAAGCAUAGAAUAUUUUACACUCCAAGCUGGAUUUCUGUAGGUUUGCCAUAUUGCUCUGAGAAGACCAGCACUUUAAAAUAAAGCAUCCAAAAAUGCAAAAA